AGGCUACAGCGAGGCAGAGAGAGGAGGAGGAGGAGAGAGCCGCCGGUGAAGGGCGGACAGGUCAGCUCUUCAGCUCCGUUCAUCAGUAAAGACAAAACAAGUGUUAAAACCUCAAAUCGUGAAUUGACUGCUGCGAAAGAAAACGUGUUAAUAUCCCGAGCUGACCGUGAUUUCCUGCGGGAGAAGUGGAUCUCUUUACAGCACCAUCUGAAGACAGGUCGGCGGAGGAUCGGCGUGUCGGCGGCGGGGAAGGACCGUACACAGAAAACGUGGUAGUAGAGCAGCCUGUAGAAACGGUGUUUUUGCAACAGAAAAGGAGCAGAAAUGAUCUCCCCGGAUGUAUAAGAAGUUGUUCCUGACACCACGGACUGCGUCUGGACUGUGAACUAAAGAAGAGGGGUUUUAAAGUUGUCACAGGAGGCAUGAUAGACGCACCCUGCAGACAAGAGGACCCGCAUCUUUAUCAUUUGCGUUUUCACAUGGAAGACUUUAGGAUUUGUGGACAAAGUAGCGACCGGUUAAUAAUUGUGUCUGCCUAAAAAAAGACCAGAAAUAUUUUUUUUGCAGUUCAAGCAGUAUUUGAUAUUGUGUUGCUUUUAUCUGGGAUGGUUUAAAAUGAGCAAAAGAGCGGAUUUACAUGACUUGGACAAGUUGUGAUUUUCUCAUCACCGUCAACACCGUCUUGCUUUAAAAAACAAAAAUUCAAAAAAACACAAACUGCAAAACCAAAGACAUCAUUGAGGAUCCAAAAACCCUUGCUUUGAUUUUUAUUCCUUCCUUUUUCGAUAUCUGCAAAGAGAAAUACCUCAUUAUUUAUUAUAUCUCUUUUGAACCCCCAAAGGAAAGUCAAACACCAUUUUUUUUGUUAGACUGGCUUCUGCUUCCUCUCACUAUUUAAGAAACAAAGCAACAAAAAAAAGGAAUAAAACCUGAAUGGUUUCCCGCACUAUCUAGCAAAGGCUUUAUCUUUUUCCCAAAUAAUGAGGAGUGAGACGAUAAAAAAACUGUUUUAGAAACUUCUUGGUGUGGAUUAUCACCACUACGGUUACCUCAGCUUGACCCCGACCUUCACAAAGUAGCAGAGUGCAGAAGGUUGGAACAAUGCCAGAUUCACCUGCGGAUGUGAAAACCCAACCCAGGUCCACCCCACCCACCAUGCCUCCUCCACCCCCGGCUGUUAGCCAGGCAUCCAAUCGUAAUGCUUCAUUCACCCCUGCUACCAGUAAAUCAAUGCUGAAUGGAAGCAGCCACUCUCCUACAUCGCUGAACGGUGCUCCGUCCACUCCUAACGGCUUCAGUAAUGGGCCGGCCAUGUCUUCGACGGCUUCACUGUCCAACCAGCAGCUCCCCCCAGCUUGUGGCGCCCGGCAGCUCUGCAAACUGAAGCGCUUCCUGACCACGCUGCAGCAGUUUGGCAACGACAUAUCGCCUGAGAUCGGGGAGAGAGUGCGCAGCCUCGUGCUGGGACUGGUGAACUCCACCCUCACCAUCGAAGAGUUUCACUCCAAACUUCAUGAGGCCACCAACUUCCCUCUGAGGCCGUUCGUCAUUCCCUUCCUGAAGGCAAACCUGCCCCUGCUGCAGAGAGAGUUGCUGCACUGUGCCAGGUUGGCUAAGCAGACCCCAGCUCAGUACCUGGCCCAACACGAGCAGCUUCUCCUGGACGCCAAUGCCAGCUCGCCCCUCGACUCCUCCGAGAUCAUGUUGGAGUUGAAUGAGCACGGCAAGAGAAGGACCCCUGACAGGACAAAAGAGGGCUCAGAGAGAGACGGCAUGCACCCGGAGCACCAUGCUAAGAGGCCCUGCACCAUCAGCCCCAGUCAACGCUUCAGCCCCAGCACAGGUCUUCCUGCUCACCCGCCUCCCAACGGCCUCCCCAACCACCCUCCCAACGGCCUACCACAUCCACCCAACCCCCAAAUGGGACCCCAACACUAUCGCUUAGAAGACAUGGCCCUGGCGCACCAAUACAGAGACGCUUACAGACAUAAUGAACACCGCGACACCCGAGACAGGCACCGGCCGACAGCAGUGCAUGGAGCCCGCCAAGAGGAGGUGAUUGACCACCGUCUUACUGAUCGAGAGUGGGCAGAGGAAUGGAAGCACCUAGAUAAUAGUGACUUUUCAACUCAUCAGCAUCCUGUCCCAUUGCAGCUCCUGAACUGCAUCAUGGACAUGGUGGAGAAGACGAGGCGCUCUCUGACGGUUCUGCGCCGCUGCCAGGAGGCCGACCGGGAGGAGAUGAAUCACUGGAUCCGGCGUUACAGCGACGUGGAGGAGAUGAAAAAAGGUGGGAGCAACGGACAGCACUGCCUUCCUCCUCCUCCUCUUCCUCCUCCUCCUCCUCCUCCUCCUCACCACAACUCCUCCUCCAACACAGCUAGCAGCAGCGAGUCACUGCCCGUAGGAACUCCCUCGGCUGCUGAAAGGCAGACAGGCAGACAGACAGAGAUCCACAGAGACUUCUUACACAGGCCUCCAUCAGGAUACCUGCCAGAAGAAAUCUGGAGGAAAGCCGGUACUACAAGCAUCCCACUAUCCCCGGCACUAAAACACCUUCAAAACAGGCAGGAGGAGGCAGUGAACGAGGUGAAGCGGCAGGCGAUGUCAGAGCUGCAGAAGGCGGUGUCAGACGCCGAGAGGAAAGCUCAUGAGAUGAUUUCAGUAGAACGAUCUAAAAUGGAGAGGGCGCUGGCCGAGGCCAAGAGGCAAGCCUCUGAGGAGGCACUCACAGUCAUCAAUCAGCAGGAGGACUCCAGUGAAUCUCACCAGAGCUGCUGGAACUGCGGGAGGAAAGCCAGUGAGACGUGCAGCGGCUGCAACACGGCUCGCUACUGCGGCUCCUUCUGCCAACACAAAGACUGGGAGAAGCACCACCAUGUCUGUGGUCAAGGCCUGCAAGGGAUGCCAGGGAGCACCCCCUCCUCCUCCACAGUGUCCUCCAGUGUGCCUCCCACCCACUCGGAGAGCACCCCUCCAGGAGCCUUGUCCUUGGCAGGCCAGAGUAGUGUUGUGGGAGGGGCUGGCAGCGGCAGUGGAAGUGUGUCUGCGAGUCCCAAGGAGAGCAGCUCCAGCAGUGCCUCUCGCUCCACAACUCCAGCCACCCCCGCCCUGCUGGAUGCCACUUCUCGCUGACGUCUGACGCUUGUCCCCUCCCUGAAUACUGAUGCGACUGUGCUCACACUCCACACAAAACCAAACUGAGGAAUCUUCAUCGCACACUGCUCCCUUUCCUCUCCCCCGACUACUUAUUUCCCUGUUACUCUAAGCUCUUCUGGGAAUCUUCUCACUACCUGAUGAUAGACUUUAACCGUUCAUCUUUCCCCAAAAAAUAAUUGUUCUGUCUUUGUUCUUUCACAACUACAGCCACAAAUACAAAGAUUCCAGCCUGGCGUUCAGUGUAGUGAAAAGCAUGAAAAGUGUCUCCUAUCUGAGUUCAGUCACAGACUCAUAUCGGAUGUGUUUGAUGAAAAUUUGACUUGAAGAUGUGCCCUAAGUUAUUGAACACGUUGAACCCUGUCUACACAAGACAAGUGCUUUAGUAAGGCAAUAUUAAUAGGGGGAUGGCUAGGCUGAUUAGCACUUGGAUUGGAUUUCCCUUUAAUUUAGCACCAAUGAGAGAACAGUAGUCAGCCCUGAGAUGUGUACUACCAGUGCAAACAGCUCGCUGAUGUGGCACUUAUUCUAAAGUGAAUAUCUUUUUUCAAAGAGACGAGGGAAGGGGAAAACCGUGAUGCGACUUAUUCCUCAAAAACACAGCUUAGUAUUUAUUCAAAUGUUUCUUUCUGGCUUUAAGGUAAAACAAAGAAAAGUCCAAAUAUUCUAAAUGAAGAAUAGUAGUGAUGGUGAUGCUGAUGUUGACGAUAGUAAUGAUAUGAAAAUAAAUUAAUUUUAAACUGCUAACUACCUUGCUAGCGAGCCAAGAAAAAUCUACACCGGACUCACCUCUCUAUACCAUUGUGAACCCAAAUGAAUUCAAAGAUGAAAAAUAACAUGAUCCAAACCUUUGUAUUACACUGCCAAAGUGAGUAAGUAAGCGAUAAGGAGAAGCACUCAUCUUAUAACCAAACGCAAAGCAACAUCACCUCCUCAGCAGAUAAGUCAGCCCUGAGAGGACCAGGCUGCAGAGGAGCUGCAGAAUGGGAGAUAUUCAGACAUUUAAAAAUACAAACUGUGACCUGCUUUGAUCUGCAGCUGCCUCCUGCAGUCUGGACAAAACUAUAACAAUCCCUCAGUGACGGCCCAGACUCGUGAAAAUGGACAAUGCUGUGAACUUGCCUACAAGAAAGACUUAAUUCAAUGGAUGGAAACCCUGCCACAGUGUGAUUUUUUGAAUGGUAAUUGAGAGGACAAAAAGAAAAAAAGAGGGAAGUCAAAGCUACACAGCCUCAAAGAAGGUGACCAUACAAACACGGCGUAUAGGAACUGCCAAAAACCUCAAAACAAGCUUGAAAACAUUGUUUGUGAGUCAUUUUCUAAAGCUCCACAACGAGGAGAUAUUUCAAGGAAUUGCUGUUACCUUUACAUUCACUCCCUCCUUUUCCAAAGCAUGAUAAACUGAUGACAGAGCCUAGUGAAGGGCGUGUAGACUUGGUUCUCCUCUCUCUUUCUACCUCCCCUCACCCCACACCUCCCUUCUACGCUCUUCCCCGACUUCUGACUGGCCCUAUCCCUGGCCUGCUUCGGACAGAGCCUCUGAGCAGUCACGUGGGAAGGGUUCGAACCUGCUUGUAGAUAUUGUUCCUCUUUUCAAAUUUCAAUAAUGUCUCUUGUCGCUGAUGUCCACAUGUGCUGCCCUUGUGUAUAUCCAGGAACACGGACUUUGUUUUGGUUUUGUUACUUUUCAUUUGCCUCCUUUACGUUCGGGCGGAGCAGUGAAGUCAGAGCAAGGAGGACUGUUGCUAAUGAGAGGAAGCCCCACAUUGUACUUAUUGUUUGAUUUGUUGUAUCUAUAUUAUUGAGAUGAAACCCCUCUUGUAGAAUAUUUUGUAUUGCUCGCAUUGUAAGACAGUGAGAGGACAGAGGUGCAAUAUGAAGAGAAUUCAGCUACUGAAUGGAACCUCAGCAACUGCCCAUAGGGUGUCAUAUAAUAUAGAUACAUAUAAAUAUAUUUAAAGUAACAUCGGUAACUUAAUGUGAAUGUACAUAGUAUUUAAAGAGGUCCAAAAAUGUGUUUGCCAAAUAACAGAAACCUUUAAAGUU